AUGAAGUUCACAGGCUCUAUCCUUUUGACUGCUGCUGCCCUUGCAGGCCAUGCCAGUGCCUUCUAUGGUCAAAUGGCCGCCUCUGCCUAUGAAGAGAACGAGGGCGGUAUUUUCCAGAUCAUCUAUCUGACCGACUACAACACCGGCUCGACUUACUCGGGUACUCUGUACGGAGGCUUCAAUGAUUGCACUAGCUCUGAAUGCACUGUUGACUUCUAUGAAACCAGUGCUGGUGGCUAUGACUUCCCUGCUCUGAUGUGGCGUACUAGCGACGGAUGCCACAACAUUGACUUUGAGGGUGCUUUUGAUGCUGGUCAUGGUUACUGCUGUGGCUCGCUGCCAUGUGACUUCAGCACCUAA